AUGCCUAACAGUACGCCCUCUUUGAGGGCCUUGGUGCUUCUUUGCUCUAUCGGAGCGGUAACUGCAUCCCAGGGCUUCUACCCACGUUUCGCCAAUUUCAGCAUCCCUAUAUCGGGUACAGUUUCAAUCUCUCGCAGUCUAAGUUCAUCGAGAAGCGUAUCCACUAGUAGCCUCUCUUCCCCCAGCGGAAACUUCUCAAGUCAAAGUUCAUCUAUCAUCAUAAGUACCUCCACGAGUACCUCCGAAAGCUUAUCGUCCCGAAUUUCUGCCUCUGCAUCAACCAAUUCCAAAUCCCAAACCACAUCUCCCAGUAAUUUCACCAGCUCUACAAGUUCCUCAUCUGGAAACACAUCUAGCGGUUCUUUCUCUAGAAGUUCUCUGACUGGAAGUACCUCCGGAACAACAUCCCCAAGAACUACGUCAUCAGAAACAACCCAAUCAAAGAGCACGCCCAACAGCUCGAGUUCCAUUUCUUCGACGAAACCAGUCGUAACGAUUGUGACGACAGGUGGAAUUACCAAGACGUCAACUCUCCCACCCUCCAGCAUCACACCACCCCCAACCAUUACCAUAAACUGGAGUACGGUGACAACUUCCACUACGUCUGGAGUCUCCACAGCAACUCACGACUCACAUGGCUGGCCUAUCAUUCCCAUUCUUCACUGCUGGUUCUGUCCUCCAAUCGGGGGCGGCGGUGGAAAUUUCGGCAUCGUGAUCCCCGGCGUUAAGGGUCCCGGCAUCCUACCUCCUCCCCCGGCCAAUAUUAUUUCAUCCCUAGGAUUCUCGGCGAAUAUGCCAACCAUUACGCUGGACCCGGAAGGAGAUCCUACUUAUCCGACAGAAGAACUCACUAGUUCACCUACCAGCCACGGCUCUUCGGCCUCAUCCAACUCACCUAGCUCUUCUACGAGCUCCUGCACCCGUACCGCCACCGGAUAUGAUUUAUACGUCACAUGUACCUCACUCACGGGCUCAGCGUUGUUGAGCACUUCUGUAGGCUGCAAGACGUCCACGCGGACAACAACGGGAUGUGAAAUAACGACAACGGCUUCGACGACAACCAUAGCUGCUUGUCCUUUGAGCGCAUCGGCAAGCAUCAGUUCUGCGGACGAAAGUGCGCGUGCAGCUGCCGGCACAGUUGUUAGUGGGACAACAUACCCUCUUGCUUUCUGGCCAACGGAUUCCCUUGUCCCGAGUGGCUUCACCAUUUCGCAAUUCGGGAGUAUAUUCGAAAGUUCGGUCUCCAGCACGUCGAGCGCAGCCCCUAGUAACACCAGUGCUCCGACUAGUACUUCGGGUUCGCAUUCCAGUAGCUCGAGUAUUCCUUCCAGUGUCUCGAGUGUAACCCAGAGUAAAUCGACCGUUCCAUCUACAUUCUCAACCUUGAAAUCUAGCGGUUCUACUUCCUCCUCCGUAACACGGCCAGUGACGGUACUUAGUCCGUCCUCAUCGACUCCAAAUCGUUCGAGCACUAAGCUCACAUCCAAAGUGACGUCGUCCCAAGAAACGUCCCAAACCUCAGCCACCUCCACCAAGCCCGUUCCUACGACUUCAACAAAACCAGCGCCAACCCCGACCGCAACGUGGUCUCUCGCUGCCUACAACGUAGACUGCGCCGCACAGAAAAAGUCGAACGACUUUUCUUACUACACGCUAGAAGGCUACGACUCGCAAAGCCCAAGCGAAACCUGUAUCAAGAUCCAGAGCUCCCUACCCAUAAGCUCCGACACGACGAACUCGUGCGGAUGGUUCGAGGAAGCCGGGUCCGUCGGCCCAUCUUCCUGCUCUAACGGGAAGUUCAGCCAACCGACCUCUUUCUUCAUCCGCCAGGGUUUCUGCACGAUAUACAAGGGGACCGAUUGCACAGGAGUCUGGAACGGGAUCGAUUCUCGCGAUUACACGGGCUGUACAAGCGUCAAGGACGCGUUUGUGGAUCUAGGCGGUUGGGGCUCUAUGAAGUGUUUUGCGUAUUCGUCGUAG